AUGAAAACAGCAUAUUAUAGAAAUGUUAGUGAAUCUAACUCUUCUGAUUCUCCCAAGCAAUAAGUGACUCUAAUUUAUAGCAGAUGUAAUAUAAAAAUGAUCGAUAAUGAUCUCAUUGAAGAGAAAAAAGAAAGUGCUUUAGAGCAAUACUCUCAUUAUGUGGAUAAUUUUGAUAAAUACAGAAUAUUUUUACCAAAAAAUUAUCACAUUCACAUCUAACAUAAAAAAUUUCCAUACUUCUUAAAUGUACAACAAUCUUAGGAAAAUUAAGAGCAUAUUGAUUAAGUAUUGCAAUUUUUAUGCACAUAUAAACUUGCUCUAAUGAGAAGCUGGUUGAAUUAUAUUAAGCAAUGA